AUGGCGGUGUGCGCGCGCCUCUGCGGGGUGGGCCCAGCCCGCGGCUGCCGCCGGCGAGGGGCGGCUCGGGAGCAGCGCCGCGGGGGGGCCGGCGACAGCGAGCCCGACACUGACACUGACCCCGAGGAGGCCGGCGGCGGGGUUACGGAGGAUGACGAGGUGGCGGAGCGCAUUGAGGGCGGGCGGCCCGCGCCGCACCCCGCCGAGGCCGGUCCGGCCGGGCGGGCCCCACUGUCCCUUCUGGAACUGCCCCCCGAACUCCUGGUCCAAAUCUUCGGUUCCUUGCCCGGUACCGACCUGCCCAGCCUGGCCCGCGUCUGCACCACCUUCCGCCGCAUCCUCCGCACCGACACGAUCUGGCGGCGGCGCUGCCGCGAAGAAUAUGGUGUCUGUGAAAACCUGCGGAAACUGGAGAUCACCGGAGUGUCCUGUCGAGAUGUUUAUGCCAAACGUAUAAACCCACGAGUGAAGUCGGGGCGUUUUAUGAAAAUCCUUCCCGACUACGAGCACAUGGAGUACAGAGAUGUUUACACCUGCCUGCUGCACCGAUACCGACACAUCCUGGGACUGUGGCAGCCAGACAUUGGGCCCUAUGGGGGACUGCUGAACGUGGUGGUGGAUGGUCUGUUCAUCAUUGGGUGGAUGUACUUGCCACCUCAUGACCCUCAUGUUGAUGAUCCCAUGAGAUUCAAACCUCUCUUCAGGAUUCAUCUCAUGGAGAGGAAAUCUGCGACCGUUGAGUGUAUGUAUGGUCAUAAGGGACCUCACAAUGGCCAUAUCCAGAUUGUAAAGAAGGAUGAGUUCUCCACAAAGUGCAACCAGACAGAUCACCAUCGGAUGUCAGGGGGAAGGCAAGAGGAAUUCCGGACAUGGCUAAGGGAAGAGUGGGGUCGGACUCUGGAAGACAUCUUCCAUGAACACAUGCAGGAGCUCAUCUUGAUGAAGUUCAUCUACACCAGCCAAUAUGACAACUGCUUGACGUACCGACGCAUCUACCUCCCUCCCAGCAGCCCCAACGACCUUAUAAAGCCAGGUCUCUUCAAAGGGACGUAUGGGAGCCACGGCCUGGAGAUUGUCAUGUUGAGCUUUCAUGGAAAGAAAGCAAAAGGGACUAAAAUCACUGGAGAUCCCAACAUCCCAGCUGGGCAGCAGACUGUGGAGAUUGACCUGGCUCACCCCCUGCAGCUACCAGACAUCGAGAACCUUCGUGAUUUCAGUGAGCUCUCCCGCAUCGUCCUGGAGGUGCAGGAGCAGGUCCGGCGGGAGGAGCAGGAACACCAGCAGGAGGAAGAUGACCACUCCCAGCAAGCUGCCUCCCAGCCUGCUGCAAAGUCACUAGGAGCAGAAUGUGCUGAGGGGGAAGAGACUGCAGCUGGGGCAGGGGGGACAGCCCAGGACAAGGCACCAGCUUCCCAGCCCUUCGUGCUGCCCAUGGGAGUCAUAUCAAGGAACGAAGACUACCCCCGGACCUGCCGAAUCUGUUUUUAUGGCACGGGGCUCAUUGCUGGCCACGGCUUCACCAGCCCUGAGAGAACCCCAGGAGUCUUUGUUCUCUUCGACGACGAUCGCUUCGGCUUCAUCUGGCUGGAGCUGAAGUCCUUCAGCCUCUACAGCCGCAUCAAGGUCUCCUUCCAGAACGCCGAAGCGCCUUCCCGGGAGGCUUUUGAUGAAAUGCUGAAGAACAUCCAGUCACUGGCUACUUGAUGGGUAAUUUGGGAUGGACAGGGCUAGGGGUUUUGCAAAGGCUGCUGCACUCCCCAGCCAGGGCUGGGAUGGGGAAUUCCUUGCUCUGGGUACCUCUGAAUGAAAGCAUGCACUUUUAAUAAAGCCUUUUUACCCCCCCAAAAUGUACACACCCCAGUGAAAAAUACCCAUGGCUGCCCUUUCCUUCUGCCACUCCACACUGCUCCCUGGCAGUCCUUGGCACCCUGUCUUGUAUAGCUGAAGGGAUCCUGCAGAGGAGGAAACAGACCUUCUUGACUGCAAAAAGAAUGUAUUGGAACAGAAAUAACUCGAGCUCAGAACUGGAUCAGAAGCAGCUCUAACUGACUGCAUGGACACAAGUCCUCUGCUCUGACUGUUAGCAGUCUCAUGUGGAAAGAGCUCUUCAGGGGGGGGAUUUAUUGAAGUUUUUGCUGUGCUUCAGGAUGAUGUGUCCUCCUGGGAGACUUGCUCUAUCCACUGCAGUCCUCCACUGCAGACUGGCUGGCUGCUUGGUGAGAAAUUACAUAGUGAUAAAGCUUCUCCUCCUCUCCAGAAACCUCUCUCUGGGUGCAGCAUUGUCAAGAGAGGCUGAUGUCCUCCUUGACACCACUUUGUGCAUCCUUGGCUUAGUAAUUGGUGUGGGUAGUUUCCUUUUGAGAAGCUUCCUCAUCUUGGCAGCAAGGUGAGGAUUCCCACCCUAAAUGACCAUGUGUGUUGUGUUGCCCUGACAUCUGGAGCUUGGUGGAUGUGCUGUCCCUGGGGCUUCAGGUCUGAGUGGCUCCCUGAGAGUAGAGGAGAUGAGUCUUUUUUUUCUUGUAGGAGCUGGGUAUGGAACUGGAAGUGAGUGGAAACUGCAGAGGCUGGUGCAUUCAGAACUGGGUUUGUACCUGCAAGGUUCAUUUCAGAUCUUUUAAAGUGGAUCUAAAAAUGUAAAGGAAGGAGAAAAACUGAAAUAAGCCCAACUGCAGCCUGCUGACCCCUGCCCAUGAUGGGCAGCAGAAGGUGCCAUGUGUUGCUGGUACUGGUGUGAUCCCAGUUCUGUGUCAUUCUUUAUUUCUUUAUUUAUUUUAUUUUCUUUAUUUCAAGAAGGCUGGAAGAGACCUCAAAGAUCGAGUCCAACCUGUCACCCUAAGCCUCAUGCCUAUCUAAACCAUGGCACCAAGUGCCACGUCCAAUCCCCUCUUGAACACC